GUCCGAAAAGACGAUCGAUGUGUGUAACAUGUGUUUACGUGCGAAGUAAUUCCCGUUUAGAUAUUUCCACGAACACUUACUGCAACGAAGGGAGGUUACCUUGAGAAGAAACCCAAGAUUUCCAUAUCAUUUGGAUUAUUUAAGUGAAAGGCAUUUUCAACUCGUCCGGGAGGAAAACUUAUCGUGUUCUAGAAUCAACUAGUGGGCAUUGAUUAUAUGGACGUUCCGUGUUAUUCUGAAGUGAAAUGUGUCUAUAUGUGUGAGUCAUGGUUGCAAUCAACCGACUGACAACGUGAACUACUUAUGUAGACUUCGACAAAGACACUACCAAGUGCCCAUUACCCACCGUUGAUCACCGAAAUGUUUACGAUGGCACUGAACGACCAAACCACUUUUUCCCUGUGUAUCCUUGUAUUCGUCCAUCAAUGUUACGGUCAGACUUGCCCAGAGACCCGGGGUUGUAUACCGAAUGAUCAGGAACUCGUCUUAGCAACAAGUACAGCUCCAUCAGCAAGAACCGUUACAGCUACUUCCACGUGCGGUGACCCGAAUCCAACUAUAUACAUGAGUUUGGUUACCUCUGAUACCACGAACUACACCUGUGCUCCGAACGACCACCGAAAAGAACUUAUGACAGAUAAAGAUAACGUAACUAUCACAGUACCCAGUCUUCCCAUUAGUUUUGAACUUCAGCCUAAAUGGUCCACGUAUUGGCAGUCCCAAAACACCGUCGACGGUGACGGUAAUCGUACCAGGGUUGAAGUCGUUGUCAACUUUACGGAUGUUUUUCUUAUAUCCGAGGUACAGAUAUAUUUUUCUCGCCCCUGAACGUCCUCGCCAAUGUCAAGGUCGACGCACGACCAGCCGCCAUGUACAUUGAACGUUACGUGAACGGUAACUGGGAAAUGUGGCGUUAUUUUGCUGAAAAUUGUAACGAUUUUGCACAAACACCAAUGUCGGCCACAGAUCCCACGACAGUAUUCUGUGCAACACUGACCAGAGGCGAUACUAAGAAUGAACAACAGAACGCUUUCAGAGUGGAGUUGCACCCAGCGUCAGAAUACAGCACCGAGUUCCUGUCGAAUCAGACAGUGAUGGAGUACUACACCGCCUCGGCUGUGAGGAUCACCCUCGUUAAACCAGCCAGUUUGGAACCUCUGCAGUCUUACUACGCCAUAGCAGAUAUCAAAGUAGACGGAACUUGUUUCUGCCACGGACAUUCUUUAACAUGCACAGGACCUAACAUGAACGAAUGUGUCUGCAGUCACAACACCGAGGGGUCGAACUGCGAGAAAUGUAAACCUCUCUAUAACAACAAACCCUGGGCUAUGGGGACACCGACCUCUAGUAACGCAUGUGAAGCCUGCAGCUGCAACAGCCGUGCCGGUGCGUGUGUGUACAACGCUACAAAGGGCCACGGUGUCUGUACAGACUGUACGGGGAAUACGGCGGGAGACAACUGUACAGAGUGUAAAUCCGGGUACUUCGCCAAUCCGUCCCAGAUGCCCGGAUCCUCAGUGGCACCGGCUCCAAACGGCACCAUGUGUAAAGGUCACGAUGGUUCUGGAAGUGUAGACUAUCUCUGCAACGAGUACUGCAUCCCCUGUAACUGUAGCGGAACCGGCACUGAGCAGUCCAGCGGCUACAAGUGCAAUCCAACGACUGGUCAGUGUGUGUGCAAGUCUAUGGUACAGGGCAGGACCUGCGACGAGUGCAAGGACCAGUUCCAUAGCCUGGAUGGUAUGAAUGCUCUUGGAUGCACAGCGUGUGAAUGUGAUGCUGUUGGAACCUUCAACAGCUCCAACUACUGUGAUAAACAGUCUGGACAGUGCGUGUGUAAGAACAACACUCAGGGCAGUCGUUGUGACACGUGUAAGCCCCAGACAUACAACCUACUGAUAACUAAUAUAGAAGAUGGCUGCACGGCAUGUGCUUGUGACAUCGGGGGUGCGGUGGACAACAACUGCCAAUUGACCGGUGGCCAGUGCACAUGCCGCAACAACAUCGAGGUGAAGAACUGUACAACGGCGAAGCUGGGCUUCUUUGUGCCUAAGUUGGACUACUUCACUUACGAAGUGGAAUUCGGAACAUUGACGGGCAGCUCAGUCAUAGAGACACCUGGACACGGCCAGCUCACGGCGGAUCUCACCGGAACCGGUUACGUCGAGCUCACCCCGGGUACUUCAGUUGCUGUAGAUGUCCAGUUGCCAGGCAACCUUAUCCGUCAGUUCGUGGUAGUUGUCAGAUACAAGUCAACAAUCACGACCGCACAGCCCCUGAACGUACAGAUCAGCAUGCCGAAUGGUGGGGCUUACACAUGUGAAGGGACACCAAUCCUUGCAACUCAAACCUGGAAUGGGACAUUAUCUGCGACUGGUCCAGUACCCAAAUCUUCCCUGGAACUGGCAACACAAUUCUGUGCGUCCUCCGCCUUCAAAUAUACAAUAAAUGUUGCCGCUCCUGCCUCCAAUACAGGCAACAUCAUGGUGGACUCGGUUGUACUUCUUCCUGAUAUUACAAGACUGACAGCGUAUCUCAACUCUUCGGACACUGUCAAGUCGAACAUGGACUCAUGUGUUGCUACUAGCAAGACUGUGGAUGUAGCUGUGCAGCAAUCUGGAAACUGCUCGGCCCUCGAAUACUCAAUCAUGGCUGAGUUUAUGAACGGAGCGAUACCAUGUGCCUGUGGCAGUGGGACGGUGGCGGCAUCGGUGGGGAUGUGCAACCCUAAGGGGGGGGAGUGUGAUUGUCGGGAGGGCAUGAUCAUGCGGGACUGCUCUCUCUGCCAGGUCGACUCCUACGGACAAAACUGCUCAGCAUGUAACUGCUACAGCCUCGGCUCGGUCAAAUUGUCGUGUAACGGCACUGGUGACUGCACCUGCAAAGUUAACGUCACUGGAAGCAAGUGUGCUGCCUGUCUGCCUGACCACUUUGGACUGGGCACAGGGAACGGCUGUUCUCUGUGCAGCUGCAACAUGAACUACUCGGCCAACAACUCCUGCAGCGACAACGGUCAGUGUCCGUGCAAGCCCGGUGUUGGGGGGCGUCCUGUAUACUACAAUCUGACGACAUCUGGGUGCAUGCCGUGUGGAUGUGAGACUAACGGCAGCGUCAGCAACGUCUGCAACAAGGCUACUGGAGUCUGCACGUGUAAAGCAAACUCACAGGGAGACAAAUGCACGCAGUGUAAAGAAGGAUACUACGGCCUGGGAAGCUGGUCAAAUGAUGGCUGCCUAAAGUGCCAGUGUUCCGGUCACUCCAGCAACUGCACCACGGCCACAGGAUGGUACCUGACCCAGACGGAGAGUCACUGGACACUGGAAACUGUAACCGCAGCCACUGGUGACCGCUGGACCGGCCAGGAUGACCAGGGAAAUAACGUGACUGUUGAUGACCCACUGCGACUUAAUGAGUUGCCCUCAGACCCCUCGGCUCAAUAUGUGAUGAGGCUGGUGAACAGUGGAAACAACAUCAACCGUCGUCACAUGUACUUUGUUGCACCGGCGAAGUUCCUGGGUAACAAGAAGACAGCGUAUGGGCUGUCACUGACGAUCCAGAUGCAGGUGAAUGUGACAGAGGUUGUCCAGGACAAAUACGUAGAAGGAGACGUGAUCCUUCAGGGUAUGGGGCUGCCAUACAAGCUCACCACAAGCCUCCAGCCGCCUGCAGAUGUCCAGAUCCGUACUUAUGUGAUAAAUAUGCAUGAGGGCAGCUGGAUGGUCAACACGACAGAUGGCCAGAACGCCACCUACGAUCAGAUGUUGCAGACGCUCACGGAGUUGACGUCGUUCAGAAUCCGGGGCAAGUUUAGCAAUAUGAGCAGUGCAGCGACCGAUCUGUUCCGUGUGGUGAUGGAACACGCCACCAGCAGCCAGACAGCUAGCACUGGGGUGCCAGCAACCAACGUGGAGCAGUGCUACUGUACAGAGCAAUACACGGGCACAGGCUGCGAGAAGUGUGCUGCCGGUUACCGCCGUACAGUUGCCUUCAGCGGGCCGGCGGGACAGUGCGAGAGCUGCCAGUGUAACAACCACGCUGUAUCAUGUGACCAAGAGUCUGGCGUCUGCACCUGCAAAGACAACACCACAGGGUCUCUUUGUGAAACAUGUCUGCCAGGUUUCUAUGGAAACGCACUAGCCGGAACGCCAGGUGACUGUAAGCCAUGUACAUGCCCUGGGAAUGUAAUUGCGAAGGACGUGAAUGUUUUUGCCACGGAGUGCGUUCUCAACACCACUUCAGGUGGUCCGACUUGUACCAACUGCUCUGUUGGCCAUGAGGGUGAAAUGUGUGAAUCCUGCAUCCAGACUUACUACGGACAACCUGCAAAUGUCACAAACAAUGAUGGUAAAUGUAGAACAUGUUUCUGCAACAACCGAUCGGUGAAUUGUGACAGGGUGACUGGCAGGUGCAUCGGUUGCAUACUUAGUUCCAAAAAAAAACGCGACAUUCAUUGGAACAUCUCUGGGACGAGUUGGACCGACGCCUUCGUCAAAGACCAGUUCCUCCACAAAAUCGGCGGCAGUUGGAGAAUGCAGUGUUGA